AUGGCCGUCACCGAGAGCUACAGCGUUGAAAGGAUCCCGUCGGCGUUGCGGCCUGGCCCGCAUGAUCGAGUGCCGUCGCUGGUCUUCGUUGAGGCAACGACGCGACCUGCAGUGGCGCGGGCGCAGACAACACGCCAAAAGCCUGGUGGUAGACAUGGACGCGCACGACGGACCGCCACUGCCCCUGCCGUACGGCCUGUAGACACCGUCAGCCCGUUCUCUCCACGACCGGAAUCGCCCGCCCCCACCUUUUCGCCAAUCGAGUUGCUGUUUGCGGGGGAGCCUCUACCCUCUCCUUACUCCGUGGACAGCUUAAAGAGCAUCGACUCUGUCCUCUCAAUGAGCGUGCAAUCUACCUCUGGCGCGCCUCGGGCUUCCGAUCCAGGCAUUACCCCGGAUCCCCCUCUUGAAGAUGUGGUCGCCCACUCCCUUGAGUCCAGCUCAGACGCACCUGAGAGCACGGAUACGCCCAAGUCCACCAAACGCCCUUUGGCUGCCAAGACGUUCGGCGACCUGAAGACCGAGCACGAACGAUACGCCCGGGCUCUACUCCGCGUCGCAUCGCUGGAAUCCGCGCCCUCGGAAACAGCAUCUUUCGCCCCUACAAGCAUUAUCUCACGCUCGUCGACUACCGGCUCGCGCACUGAAGGUGCCACACUAUCUGCACUAUCCGUUAUGCGCUUUGCGCGCGCGCCGUCCCGCAUUCCUCGUUUACAGCGGGACUCGACGAAUACGUCGUCGUCGUCAUCGCAGAGCGGUCGGGCAUUGUCAAAGGACCGGCGCUCUUCAGAUAUCGUCGUCGGGGUUGUGGUAGACGAUUGCGACGACAUCUUCAGUACCGGCGCUGGCGACGCGACCGGAGCAACAGCCGGCCAGAGUCCCAUUCGUCAGAACGCCUUCUCCAAAGCGCUAAGCCAGCAUGGCCUUUCAGUCAUCACCAACUCUUCACCUCACACGCACAUACGUCCCGACCUCCCCGCAUUCCACGGUGACGUCGAAGAUCUCGCCGCAGCAGACAGCUACCUCGCCGCGCUCGAAGCUCUGCUCGGCGUCACGCCUCCUCGACCUUCGAGCGCUUCUUCGGGUUCAGAGUCCGACUUCGACCAGGAUAGCGAAUAUGGUCUCACUCCUGUACUCGACGCGCGGAUCUCAGCAAGACUUGCGAAAAUAGGCUCGCGCGAUGGGGCGGCAUCUAGGAAGGAGCUUGAUGAUGCAGCGCUAUCGCAUAUCGUUGCUCUAGAGGCGCACCUCGAGGCUCUGGCGGCCCGUAUACCACCACUGGGGUCUGAGACCGCGGAUAACGCUCAAGAUCGCACAUUGCAGCCUGUGGACGACGCUAUGCGCACUUGGUUGACUGAAACAGGCACCGCUGCACGAGGGGAAGUUUACCUCCCACGACUAGAAGCGCACCUCGAAGGCCUACUAGCCCGGGUCGAGCAACAGCUGUUCCCCGCCUCCGAGUCCUCUCCCACAAUAAAUGUACAAGUAUAA